AUGCAGUACAGCAUGGACGUCGACCCUCCCGUCGCGGGGCCCUCCACCCUGCCCGCACAACCAAUACACCACCCGCCGCCGGUGCGGGAAGACGGAUUGCUGUUACGACCAGAACUGCCCGCUGCAAGACCUGCGCCGUUGCACGGUGCCGAAGAUCUGCUCGGCCGGCUUGGACUGUCGUCGGCUUAUGCGCGGUUCGUGAGCGAGGACGGAUUACAUCAUGGGUCGGAGGGAGAGGGGAAGGGCAAAGGCAAGGAGCGGGAGCGCGGGGACGACGAUGAGGAGGACGGGGACUGGCGACGGAAGAAGAGCUACCGAUACCUGAUCAAGGAUAUCCCGGGCCGCCACAGCCUGAAGCGGCCGCAACGGCGGGACGACGGGGAGAACAGGAGUGCGCUGAAGGAUCUGCAGGACUUCGUGCUCGAGCCGGAGAAGCAGAUCAUCGGGAUCACGUCGUUUGAGAGAGGGGAAAGGGAUCCGUGGCAUGUGUCCGACGAGCCGAUCCGGCAGUGGCCGCUGAGCCAUUUGCAGGCCGAGAGCAGCCAGGCCAGGGAGGAGCGCAAGCGGAAGAAGGAGCUCAAGAAACAGGCAAAACAGGCAUCCGCGCCGUCGACGCCCACCACACCCCUUGCGCCGCAACAACAACAGGCGACAAAUAAUACGCGAGGAGGGACACCGGCAACACCGGCAACUGCCGCCCCGCCGCCGCCGCUGCCCGCACCAAAGAUGGCCGGCAUCAAACGCGAGCGCGAACCAGACUCGUUGCCCCCACGACCGUACAUUAACGGCGUGCCGCCCGGCCCGGGCAUGGUCGCGACGCCGAACGGGGCGGGGAUGGGAGGUGGCGCGGUCAGAGCGGGCGUCGACGGCGCGCGACCACGGCCAAAGAAGAAACAGCGCGUGGACGCCCAAGGCCACGCGCGGGAUAUGCAGUUCGCCGCCGUGCAGCAGCCGACCCCACAGGGCGUCUGA